AUGUCCGAUAGAUUGGAGAACGUUACGCAGACAAUUUCGAGGAUACUCGACGGCUACGAUAUUCGAUUAAGGCCGAACUUUGGCGGCGAUCCAUUACGAGUCGGGAUGGAUCUUACCAUUGCAAGUUUCGAUGCGAUUUCAGAAGUCAAUAUGGAUUAUACGAUAACAAUGUACUUAAAUCAAUAUUGGAAGGACGAGAGACUCGCCUUUUCGCACGAGGAUGAGGUCCUGACAUUAAGUGGCGAUUUCGCAGAAAAGAUUUGGGUUCCGGACACGUUUUUUGCCAAUGAUAAAAAUAGCUUUCUGCAUGAUGUUACUGAGCGCAACAAACUCGUUAGAUUAUCUGGUGACGGCUCGAUCACAUAUGGCAUGAGAUUCACAACGACUCUGGCCUGCAUGAUGGACUUGCAUUACUAUCCCCUCGAUUCACAAAAUUGUACAGUUGAAAUUGAAAGCUAUGGAUAUACGGUACUCGACGUACUAAUGUACUGGAAAGAAACUCCUGUUCAUGGAGUCAAGGAGGCGGAAUUGCCACAAUUUACUAUACUCGGCUAUGAAACCAACGAUCGAAAGGAGAAGCUGGCGACGGGCAUCUAUCAGAGGCUCUCGUUAAGUUUCAAACUUCAGAGGAACAUCGGAUAUUUUGUUUUUCAGACGUACCUUCCAAGUAUACUAAUCGUGAUGCUCAGCUGGGUCAGUUUUUGGAUUAAUUACGAAGCUACUAGUGCGAGAGUGGCUCUCGGUAUCACGACCGUAUUAACAAUGACAACAAUAUCGACAGGUGUUAGAAGCUCACUGCCACGGAUUAGUUACGUGAAAGCCAUUGACAUCUAUCUGGUAAUGUGCUUCGUUUUCGUGUUCGCGGCCUUGCUGGAAUACGCGGCGGUCAAUUACACGUAUUGGGGCGCCAGAGCAAAGAAGAAGACUAAGAAGAAAGAGACAGAGGAAAAGAAAAUAUUAUCUUCUAAGACAGGUAAGUCGAACCAAAUAUGCUCCACUGACGCGGAUAUUAUAGAGCUUCAGGACCUCAGAUUGUCACCUCUUCCGAGCAUUAGAAAUAGAUCAGGCAUAGUCAGCGCUUCAUCGACAUUGGGAGCUGGAAGGGAUCAUGACCCGGCCAAGUUUCCGCCGAGUUUUCGUAUGUCGAGGACUGCAACUUACAACACGCAUAGUCGAAACAGCGGUCUUAGAUACAGAGGCCCGAGAUCGCAUAAACCAAAGAUGUUACACGCUCUACGUAGAGGAGCUUCCGUGUUACGUGUAUCGAUGCCGAAGAUCAAGGAUGUGAACGUAAUAGACAAGUACUCGCGGAUCAUCUUCCCAGUUAGCUUCAUGUUGUUUAACGCCGUGUACUGGAUCUUCUAUUUCUUCUGAGCAGCGAACGAAUAUUAAAAUCUAAAUUUUGCUCGACCUCGUAUACGCCUAAA